CGCUUAUUUUCUCUGCCCUAAUACAGUACCAGAGUCAGCUCUGGCCGCGAUGGCUUUAGGACGAGCUGGUUGUCUGAUCACCGCUGAGUUUUUACAGUGCGACCGGCUUUGCUCCUGGGUCGCUUCAGAAAUGCUCUCGACUGGGAUUUAACCGGCAGAGAUCAGUUCUUUUUGUGCAUUUUUAUGGCUCAGUCCAUUCUCUAGAUCAUGCACAGAAACUUUCGAAAGUGGAUUUUCUACGUGUUUCUAUGCUUUGGAGUCAUCUAUGUCAAAUUAGGAGCUCUGUCAUCUGUGGUGGCUUUAGGAGCAAAUAUCAUCUGCAACAAAAUUCCAGGCUUGGCCCCUCGGCAACGAGCGAUCUGCCAGAGCCGCCCUGAUGCCAUCAUAGUGAUUGGAGAAGGGGCACAGAUGGGAAUCAAUGAAUGCCAGUAUCAGUUUCGGUAUGGCAGAUGGAACUGCUCAGCACUGGGAGAAAAAACGGUCUUUGGACAAGAGCUUCGAGUAGGAAGCAGGGAAGCUGCGUUCACCUACGCCAUUACUGCUGCUGGGGUUGCACAUGCUGUCACUGCCGCCUGCAGCCAGGGUAACCUCAGCAACUGUGGCUGUGACCGAGAAAAACAGGGCUACUACAACCAGGAGGAGGGCUGGAAAUGGGGAGGCUGCUCUGCGGAUAUCAGAUACGGCAUUGAGUUCUCCAGGAGGUUUGUUGAUGCCCGAGAAAUCAGAAAGAAUGCACGGAGGCUGAUGAACUUGCACAACAAUGAGGCUGGAAGAAAGGUUCUUGAAGAGAGAAUGAAAUUGGAAUGCAAGUGUCAUGGCGUAUCAGGUUCCUGUACAACUAAGACCUGCUGGACCACACUUCCUAAAUUCAGAGAGAUUGGAUAUAUUUUGAAAGAAAAGUAUAAUGCUGCAGUACAAGUGGAGGUGGUACGAGCAAGUCGGCUCCGGCAGCCAACUUUCCUGAAGAUUAAGCAGAUUAAAAGCUAUCAAAAACCAAUGGAAACCGAUUUGGUGUAUAUUGAAAAGUCACCCAACUACUGUGAGGAAGAUGCUUCCACAGGAAGUGUUGGUACCCAAGGACGCCUCUGUAACCGUACAUCUCCCAAUGCGGAUGGAUGUGACAUGAUGUGCUGUGGAAGGGGUUAUAACACCCACCAGUACACCAAGGUGUGGCAGUGUAAUUGCAAAUUCCACUGGUGCUGCUUUGUCAAGUGUAACACAUGUAGUGAGCGGACAGAGGUAUUCACCUGCAAAUAAUAGCGUUUAAAUAAACAGAACAAGUCACUGCAAGUGGACAGAAAGUGGAGUACAACAAACAACUACAGCAUCAUUUUGCACAUCUAAUUUUCUUUGGGAAAAAACUCAAUCUCUCCCUACUACUUACCCUUCUAAAGGAUGAUGUGUUUUGGCUGGCUGGUCAUUGUAACUGCUUUGGAAAUAAGGGCAACAGGAUUAAGGUGACGUUGAAAAACACAUGCAACUUUUCCUCCUGUUUUUUUUUUUUUUCUACUGCAGUCUGGGUGUCGUAGAGUUUUCCAAUUAGGAUUUUAAGUUAUACAUAUCAGAGAAGCUGUCUGAAUUACAGUUCCCAGGUGAUGUAAACAAAAAAAAAAGACUUUUUUUCAAAUUUUACAAAAAAAAAAGACAACCCCCCAUCCCUGUGCAAAUAAGACUUUUUUUAAAAGAACUUUCUUUGGAAAAAAAAAGAAAACCCAGCAAUAUUGCUACAAAAACCCCCUAAUUUCUAACAAAGCAGGUAUAGUAAAAACUAAUACUGAUAGUGAAGGAAAAAUAUAAAAUGGAAAAACUCCACUAUCGGUUUGACAUACAAAGUUCACAAAAUUAUGUCAGCUGCCAGUGACACUGGAACUCUUGGAAUGAACAUUGAAAGAUUAUUAUUUAUGUUUUAAUAGUGUCAAAAAAAUUCUAAGCACUAACGGGUAGCUAUGUCUUAAUUCUGUACUAAAUGUAAACUUAUUGGAAUUCUGACUUUAUGAUUUUGUAUUUGGUUCUCCCUAAGUUCUUCAGUGCUACUGAUCUGUUGUCACUCCACUAUUAGAGAUUUCAAUUACUGUAGGCCUUAAAGCAAUUAUGAGAAUUGAGCAAAAAAAAGAU